GCCGCUCGCUCGAGCGAGCGAUCACAAGUAGAAAACAAGGAUGGCGUUAAUGUCGCUCAUAAUUCGUCGCAAAUUCCCAGUCCGAACCCCGAUUGGUAACGCUAACCCCAAUUUCUCCAUUCUUAGGCUCUUCUCUUCUUCGCCGCCGGCAUCGGCGGCGGCGGGGGAUGACCGGGGCAUCGAGAAGAUCCUGGUGGCGAACCGGGGCGAGAUCGCCUGCCGUGUCAUGCGCACCGCGCGGCGGCUUGGCAUCGGCACCGUCGCCGUCUACAGCGACGCCGACAGUGCCGCCCUGCACGUGAAGUCCGCUGACGAGGCCGUCCGUAUCGGGCCGCCGCCCGCCCGGGCCAGCUACCUCAACGCCUCCGCCAUCAUCGAGGCCGCCCUCCGGACUGGCGCACAGGCUAUACACCCAGGCUAUGGUUUCCUCUCAGAGAGUGCUGAUUUUGCUCAACUUUGUGAGACUGAAGGGCUCAUAUUUAUUGGUCCUCCAGCAUCAGCCAUCAGAGACAUGGGUGACAAAAGUGCAUCAAAGAGGAUAAUGGGUGCGGCAGGUGUACCUCUCGUGCCGGGUUAUCAUGGUGACAACCAAGACAUCAACUUCUUAAAAUUAGAAGCUGAAAAGAUUGGAUAUCCUAUUUUGAUAAAACCCACACAUGGGGGUGGGGGGAAGGGUAUGAGAAUAGUCCAAAGUCCAGAUGAAUUUGUUGAAUCUAUUUUGGGAGCACAACGUGAAGCUGCUGCUUCAUUUGGCAUCAACACUAUCUUAUUAGAGAAAUACAUAACUCAUCCCAGGCAUGUGGAAGUCCAGGUUUUUGGAGAUAAACAUGGAAAUGUAAUACAUUUAAAUGAAAGAGACUGCAGUGUACAAAGAAGGCAUCAGAAGAUAAUUGAAGAAGCUCCUGCGCCAAACAUCACCAAUGAGUUCCGUUCCCACUUGGGCAAAGCUGCUGUUUCUGCUGCCAAGGCAGUUGGUUAUUACAGUGCUGGAACUGUGGAAUUUAUAAUGGACACUAUCUCGGGUGAAUUUUAUUUCAUGGAGAUGAAUACCCGUCUUCAGGUUGAACACCCUGUCACUGAGAUGAUUGUUGGCCAAGAUCUUGUAGAGUGGCAGAUUCGUGUUGCGAAUGGUGAACAUCUACCGUUGGUCCAAGAACAAGUUCCCCUAAAUGGGCACUCCUUUGAAGCUCGAAUAUAUGCUGAGAAUGUACCAAAAGGAUUUCUUCCUGCAACUGGAACACUACACCACUAUCGGCCAGUUCCAGUCUCACCUACUGUGCGAGUUGAAACUGGAGUAGAGGAAGGGAAUACUGUCAGCAUGCACUAUGAUCCUAUGAUAGCUAAGCUCGUAGUAUGGGGCGAAAAUCGACAUGCAGCAUUAGGCAAACUUAAGAAUUGUUUAACAAACUUCCAGGUUGCAGGGUUGCCUACCAACAUUACAUUCCUCCACAUGCUUUCAAAUCAUUGGGCCUUUGAUAAGGGCCUAGUUGAAACACAUUUUAUAGAGCAUUUUAAAGCUGAUUUUUUCCCUGAUGAGGUACCAGUGGAAACAGAUGUUGCUGCUAAACUUAGUGCAACAAUUGUUGCUGCCUGCAUAUGUGAAAUGGAUUAUACAACAUUGAGAAAAAUGAUUCCAAGCGGGAACAGCUUACUUCCACUGUGGUAUAGUCAGCCUCCUUUCAGAAUGCAUCAUGCUGCAAAGCGCAUGAUUGAACUAGAGUGGGAUAAAGAAUUAACUGGAAGCUUCCCAAUGACUCUGAAGCUUGUGAUUACCUACCAACCUGCUGGGAGUUAUUUCAUUGAGAUUGGUGACAGUGACUCCCCUGGUUUGGAAGUCAAGAUCAUGCAUGCAAGAGAUCGAGACUACAAAAUUGAUGUUAAUGGACUGCAGAGCAAUGCCACUUUAGCAAUUUAUUCUAAGGAAAGAAGCAAGCACAUACAGGUUUGGCAUGGCAAGCAUCAUUACCAUUUCAGGCAAACUGUAAGGCUUGAGCAAUAUAAUGAUGAUGGGUUAGAGCACAAGAAGGAUUUUCAGGCUAGUUCUCAUCCCAAAGGGAGUGUGUUGGCUCCUAUGGCUGGUUUAGUGGUUAAAGUUGUGCUUGAAAAUGGUUCAUUCGUGGACGAAGGCCAGCCUGUUUUGGUUCUAGAAGCAAUGAAAAUGGAGCAUGUUGUCAAAUCUCCUCGUGCUGGCUAUGUGAAUGGGCUUCAAGUUGCUGCUGGCCAACAAGUCUUUGACACUACUGUUCUCUUUAAUAUAAAGGAUAAAUAACAAGGCUGACUUCCGGAAAGUAAUUCUGAUGUCAGGGGCAGUCAUAGUCAACACUUAAUGUACAUAUGAGCAUACUUCAAAGUUCAAACAAUGAACAGAUCUGAUUGCUAUGGGGAAGGUUCCCACAAAUGUGGAUCUGUGGAGUCAUAAACUGAAAUGUUUCAAUUACAAAAGCAGGCUUCAUGUCCCAUGAUCUAAAUAAUGCCUUGCAUAGUGCUAUAAUGAGAUGUAGGGAUAUUCAUUGGAGUAGGUAGCAGUGAAUUUGCUACGUCAGCAAUUUUACUGCAUUUCAUCUGACUCCUUUCAUUUGUUCCAUCUUUAUCAUUAUAAACUUUUGCCAUUUUCCCCUUGUUCCA